UCCCGCCGGCUCUUUUGCUCUUCCGAGCUUUCGGCUCCUUGCCUUUCCACCUGUUUCCCGAGAAAGGCAGGAUCCUGGUCCCUGCUACGUUACUGGGGCCAUGGCAGGCCUGGGCCCCGGCGGAGGCGAUUCAGAGGGGGGACCCCGGCCCCUGUUUUGCAGAAAGGGGGCUCUGAGGCAGAAGGUGGUCCACGAAGUCAAGAGCCACAAGUUCACCGCUCGCUUCUUCAAGCAGCCAACCUUCUGCAGCCACUGCACUGACUUCAUAUGGGGGAUUGGAAAACAGGGCCUGCAAUGUCAAGUCUGCAGCUUUGUGGUUCAUCGACGAUGCCACGAAUUCGUGACCUUCGAGUGUCCAGGCGCUGGGAAGGGCCCCCAGACAGACGAUCCCCGGAACAAGCACAAGUUCCGUCUGCACAGCUACAGCAGCCCCACCUUCUGCGACCACUGUGGCUCCCUCCUUUACGGGCUGGUGCACCAGGGCAUGAAGUGCUCCUGCUGCGAGAUGAACGUGCACCGGCGCUGUGUGCGCAGCGUGCCCUCUCUGUGCGGUGUGGACCACACGGAGCGCCGCGGCCGCCUGCAGCUGGAAAUCCGAGCUCCCACUUCGGAUGAGAUCCACGUCACGGUUGGCGAGGCCCGUAACCUCAUCCCAAUGGACCCCAAUGGUCUGUCUGAUCCCUAUGUGAAACUGAAGCUCAUCCCAGAUCCUCGGAAUUUGACAAAACAGAAGACCCGGACGGUGAAAGCCACGCUAAACCCUGUGUGGAACGAGACCUUUGUGUUCAACCUGAAGCCGGGGGACGUGGAGCGCCGGCUCAGCGUGGAGGUGUGGGACUGGGACCGGACUUCCCGCAACGACUUCAUGGGUGCCAUGUCCUUUGGCGUCUCGGAGCUGCUCAAGGUUCCCGUGGACGGCUGGUACAAGUUACUGAACCAGGAGGAGGGCGAAUAUUACAAUGUGCCAGUGGCUGAUGCUGACAACUGCAGCCUCCUCCAGAAGUUUGAGGCCUGUAACUACCCCCUGGAACUGUACGAGAGGGUGCGGAUGGGUCCUUCUUCCUCUCCCAUCCCCUCCCCAUCUCCUAGUCCCACUGACUCCAAGCGCUGUUUCUUCGGGGCAAGCCCUGGACGUCUGCACAUCUCUGACUUCAGCUUCCUCAUGGUUCUAGGAAAAGGCAGUUUUGGGAAGGUGAUGCUGGCCGAGCGCAGGGGCUCCGAUGAGCUCUAUGCCAUCAAGAUCCUGAAGAAAGACGUGAUUGUCCAGGAUGACGACGUGGACUGCACCCUGGUGGAGAAACGCGUGUUAGCCCUGGGGGGUCGAGGCCCCGGAGGCCGGCCCCACUUUCUCACCCAGCUUCACUCCACUUUCCAGACCCCGGAUCGCCUGUAUUUUGUGAUGGAGUAUGUCACUGGGGGCGACUUGAUGUACCACAUUCAGCAGCUGGGCAAGUUUAAGGAGCCCCAUGCAGCGUUCUACGCAGCAGAAAUCGCCAUCGGCCUCUUCUUCCUUCACAAUCAGGGCAUCAUCUAUCGGGACCUGAAACUGGACAACGUGAUGCUGGAUGCUGAAGGACACAUCAAAAUCACUGACUUUGGCAUGUGUAAGGAGAACGUCUUCCCCGGGACCACAACUCGCACCUUCUGUGGGACCCCAGACUACAUAGCCCCCGAGAUCAUUGCCUACCAGCCCUAUGGGAAGUCUGUCGACUGGUGGUCCUUUGGGGUCCUGCUGUAUGAGAUGCUGGCGGGGCAGCCCCCAUUUGAUGGGGAAGACGAGGAGGAACUGUUCCAGUCCAUCAUGGAACAAACUGUCACCUACCCCAAGUCGCUUUCCCGGGAAGCUGUGGCCAUCUGCAAGGGGUUCCUAACCAAGCACCCAGCAAAGCGCCUGGGCUCGGGGCCAGAUGGAGAACCCACCAUCCGAGCUCAUGGCUUUUUCCGUUGGAUCGACUGGGAACGGCUGGAACGAUUAGAGAUCGCGCCUCCUUUCAGACCCCGCCCGUGUGGCCGCAGCGGCGAGAACUUCGACAAGUUCUUCACGCGGGCGGCGCCAGCGUUGACUCCCCCAGACCGCCUAGUUCUGGCCAGCAUCGACCAAACCGAAUUCCAAGGCUUCACCUAUGUCAACCCGGAUUUCGUGCACCCGGAUGCCCGCAGCCCCAUCAGCCCAGCACCUGUGCCAGUCAUGUAAUCUCACCUGCCGCCACUAGGUGUCCCCAUGGCUCCCUCCGCCGCGCCAGCCUUACCCCUACCUCACGCGCCCCCGUACUUCACCACCCCCUCUCCAAUUCUAGAUCUUGCUCCCCAACGUUCUGGCCUCUGCCCUCCCCCUCCCUGCCCCGGGUUCCAGAUGCCCCUCCCAAGCGUUC